GCUGUGAUAAAAGUAAUACAUGUUGGUGGUGAAGAUGGUGACAAGAUGUUUUCGCCAAUAUCAUUGUCAGAUGCAAAACCGAGUAGCAGUGUGGUCCACGAGGACGCCGUUCUCGAUGAAUGUGGAAUUAUUGAAAGUAACGCUGCAACAAAAGAGGUUUCGUGUUCCGUAGACAAUGUUGAGGACUUGCAUCCAUCUUGGAUUGCUAAAAAGCGCGAAAAAGAAGCUCUGAAAAGAAUGCUGAUGUCGGCGAAACCGAACAGAAUAGUUUUUGAAGACGAAUAA